AUGAGCAGUCCACCGAGUCCUUCUCCAACCCGCUGGUUCAAAGCUCUACGCAGGACCAGGCUGGGGGAGCCCUGCUUGAGGACAUACCCCUUAGAGUGUGUGGAUUUGUUGAGACGGGCCAGAAUUGCUUUUCAAGCCGGACGCACCCUCAAGGAAUGCUUCAGACUGACCCAGUUGGAGGCUCUUGUGCGGAUGCUGGAGGAACAUGAGUGUGACUUUGUGGAUGCUCUCGGGAGGGAUCUUCAUAAACCUCGGUUUGAAACUGUUGUGUUCGAACUGAUCACAGUGAAGAAUGAGGCUCUUCAUGCCCUCACUAACCUGAAGAAGUGGAUGCAACCACAACCUGUGGAGAAGAACCUGUCCACCACGCUGGAUGAGUGUCUGGUGAUCAGUGAGCCGCUGGGGGUCGUUUUCAUCAUGGGGUCCUGGUGCAACCCGGUCCAAAUGUGCCUGGUGCCGUUGGUUGGUGCCAUUGCAGCAGGAAACUGUGCUCUUGUCAGUCCUUCUGAGUACACUGUACACACGGCAGAACUCCUCCAUCGCCUCAUUCCCUUCUAUUUGGACAAUGAAUGCUUCCAUGUGAUUCUUGCAGGCAUCAGCGACCUGCCUGAGAUAGUGGAACUCAAGUUUGACCAUGUUUUCUUCACAGGAAACAAAGAGGAAGGAGGCAAGAUUGCUGUGGCGGCGGCACGCACCCUCACACCUGUUACUUUGAUCCUUGGGAGUAAAAACCCGUGUUAUGUCGACCAGAACUGUGACGUCCCGACCACCGUGCAGCGCAUCGCUUGGGCGUGUUUUCACAACGCAGGACAAAGCCUAACGGCUCCUAGUUACAUUUUGUGCCACACGGAUGUCAAAGCACGACUAGUUCAGGCACUCAAGUGCUGUUUGAUGGAGUUUUAUGGUCCUGACCCCAGAGAGUCUCGCAGCUUCGGCCGCAUGGUCAACCUGGAUAUCUUCAGCCGGACUAGAGAUCUGCUGUGGAGGUCUGGGAAAGUGGUUGUCGGUGGACAAGUGACAGAGGCAGAGAAAUACAUCGCACCAACAGUUUUGACAGAAGUGGCAGAAUCCGACCCCAUCAUGCAGCAGGAGGUUUUUGGUCCAGUUCUGCCAAUACUGUCUGUAAACGACGUGGAUGAAGCAAUUGCCUUCAUUAACAAACAAGAAAAGCCUCUAUGUGUGUAUGCAUACUCCACCAACAGUAAGGUGAUUUCAAGAAUAAUGCAAGAAACCUCUAGUGGCAGCUUUUGCUCCAAUGACUGCAUCUUGCAGAGUCUGAUGGUGGCUUUGCCCUUUGGUGGAGUGGGUGCCUGUGGAAUGGGAUCCUUCCAUGGACGCUACAGCUUUGAAACCUUCUCUCACAGAAAGGCGAGCCUGCUCAGAGGCACACGGUUUGAGUGUGUGACCUAUCUGCGUUUUCCACCGUAUGAGGACCGUAAUCUGUCUCUGAUGACCUGGGCCUGUGCUCUGUCCCAGAAAAGCCAGGGCUGGUGCCAGAUCCUGUGACUGUGUGGUGCUAAUGAGUCAUGUUAGAAAAAAAAACAAGUAAACAGCUGUAUUUUUAGACUUUUAUAAAAGAAAAAAAGAUAAAGUUGGAUUUAAUAUAAGAUAUUAUGCCAAGAAUAAAUUCCUAUAUUAACUUUCUUUAAAUAAAAGUAUUAUUACAGUUGAUUGUGUAGUGCUUUUAUUUUUUGAUAUAAUAAAAAAACUCCAAAGUCACACAAACUAUGUUUUAACCCUCUGUUAUUCUGGUCUCUUGUAGAUUGUUUCCUCUUUGCCUUCUUUCAUGGCUGCAUAUCUGGCAACUGUGAACAGGUAGUCACUCAGCCUGAGUAAAAAAAAAACAAAA